UAUAGCGUGAUGUGCUCCUUUGUGCUUCUUUGCUCCGUAAAAUCCGUCUGCUCUACCCUUUGUUCACCUAUUUCACUCGACUCCUGCCACCACAUCUGUUCUACUCGAGGCGUUAUUCAUCCUCCCCUGCGUCUGGGUGACUAA